UCCUCCACCUCUAUGUGUCUCAAAGUGUUGAACAAGCCCAGAUCUCUCCACCCAUGGCACCCAGUGAAAAGCUCUGUUUCAGAGGUUGCUCAUCCACCAAAAGCUAUGUAUGGCCAUGAGAGAGUUGUCAAUCUCAAUCCCUCUUGCACAGUUUGAUCCUCUUCCAAAGGGUACAGACCAGCCGCCGGAGACCGGCGACUGAUCUCUAUCCUUUGCGAGAGGUUGCAGACUCAAGGCGAGGGAAUUCAGCGGGCGGGGGAGAGGGAGAUCCAGUCCUGGUUCGAUGUGCAGAAAGGCCCCUCCGGAGGGACCCCCUGAAAUUCAGGUCCCUUGAAAACCUGUGAGUCCCGGCGGGAUCCUCAACCCCGCCGCAGCAGCAAGUGUGGGCUUGGCCCACCUCGCUAUCCCCCCCGGCUCGCCCGUCGGCGGCACGAGCUAUCUGCCGCUCGCCCGGCGGCCCUUGACAAGAUCCAGUUUGCUGCUCGGCCCACGGAUCGUCUAGGGCGCAGUCACUGGAACGUUCGAGAGAGAUCGGGCGUAGGCUCUCUGGAUAAAGCCUUUCCCCCGUUCCCUUCCUCCGCAAGCACCACCCGCCGCCGCUCCCCGCCGCCAGAUCCAGCCGCCGCCAGAUCCAGCCGCCGCGAGAGGGGAUGGAUCUGCUCGACGAAGACCCUGUCGAUUUCGGGGUGGAGUUCGAGCCCGCCUUGCUCGUCCUCGUCGACCUCGUCGAGGAUUUCUACACCGACCCUUUCGCCGCGUUCCUCGCCAACCGGGACUUCUACCUUGGGUUCCCCGCUCAGUUCCCGGGCUGGUACUUCGCAGCACCUGGCGUCACCACCCACGCUGCCGCCAUGGCGGCCAACCCUGACUUCUUCCUGAGGUACCCAGGCGCGCUGGACCCACUCGCCGGCGCAGAAGUUCUGAUGAACGACGCGUUUAACCCGUGGAUCGAUGUCGCGCCCCGAAGGAACCGCCGCACCCGCCGUGAUAACCGUCCUCCACCAGAAGUGUACCCCGAGCCCCCACCAGUGGAAGUUUCACAGGGGGUCCCUUGGUAUCCUCCGAGGAUUCGGUAUCGUCAUCGUCAGCACGUGCGCAAGCACUAUGUUGUGUGCAAGGGCGGGAGGUCCAACUUGCAAAAGGCGUACCAGGCCCGCAAAGGAUCGUGCACAAGCUCCCCAAAUGGUGGCCUGGGACAUUUUGUCUAUGGGUCAUAUGGAGCUGGAGGGCGCCUGGAGUACUAAGGCACUCCUCGAUCCUGUAAGAAGGAAGGUGAACAUAGGUCGACUUCAACUUUUGAUCUGCAAAGAUCUUUCAGAUGUAUCAGAUAUUGAGCUUUCAGUUCCACAGUUUAUCUUCUGAAACUUUCUGCUGUGGAAAUUACCUGUGAUACUUGUCCUGGAAUGAUGGUGUUAUCUGUUUCUGAGGAUGAUUUUUUUUGGUGACAAAUGAUCUUGCGUGCUAUGUGAUUGAUGAUGUGAUAGAUUAAUCUGGUGUCUUAAUGAUCUGUUUUGGGGGCUGUGUAAAUGAUCCUUAUAAUUCGUUGUCCCAUGUGAUGCA